AUGGCGCCGGAGCGCGGCGGUGAUGGGCGCUCGCUGCUCCCGGAGGAGCCGCCUUGCAGCACCGAAGGGUUGCCUAAGGCUUUCUUGCAAAGUUUGCGGACCCUCUUCGACAUCCUAGAUGAUCGCCGAAGGGGCUACGUGCACCUGCGGGAGAUCGAGUCCCGCUGGCUACAGCAGGGGACGGAGGCGAGGGAGUUACCCCGCGGCGUCUUAGAGGGGCUACGCCGAGCCGCCCCGGCCAGUGGCUACCUCACCUUCGAGAGGUUUGUGUUGGGAUUGCGAGCGUCUCUGCUCUGUUCGGACAAAAGCGGCAGUCCUCAGAUCGGCACCAAUAGCAGGGGUCCGGGGCGCAGAGAUGAAGGGACAGUUCCCGUUGAAGAGAAGGGAUUGGGAAGAGGCGGGGGCGCUUCUCGGAGCCUGGAGAAGAUCCCCAACCCUCGAGUGGAACCGAUUCCAUGCAAGAGAGAGGCUCUGACCUGCUCUCUAUCCACAGUGGGAGAUGCUGUCUGGAAGCCUGUGGCACACUCUAAGGCUCUUGGAGAGGCCCGAAGACAGCAGCGAGGCCGCUGUGGACACAGGAGACACACCCUCACUAACGGCGUGGACUAUGGCAGGCUGCAGCAAAUGAAGGAGUUGGAAAGAGAGAAGGAUUUUUUGCUGCAAGGGUUGGAGAUGGUAGAGCAGGCCCGGGAGUGGUACCACCAGGAAAUCCACAUCCUGCAGGAACGCCAGAAGCAACUGGGGAAAAGCAAAGUUCACAGCGACUUGCUCACUGAGGGAAAUCUGAGCCAGCUCAGCCACCUCCUGCCCAAGUUGCAAGAACUGAACCGCUGUCUCUGUGAACUGUUGUCUCUCUCAGCCAAGCCUCUGAGCUCUUGUUCUGCAGCUGUGAACAGCCCAGAAUGUGCCACCGUGUCUCCUCCUCCACUUGCAGGGCCCCAGCAGACCAUAAAUAUGUUGAAGGAACAGAAUCGGCUUCUUACCAAGGAGGUGACGGAUAAGAGCAAGCAGAUCACCUUGCUGGAGCAGGAGAAGUCGGCUCUCAUCAAGCAGCUGUUUGAAGCUCGGGCUCAGAACCACCAGGAAAGCAACCAGUUGGAUUCCACCUUCAUCUAA